AUGAAUGUCUUGGCUCUGGGUCCUUUAAAGAAGUGUAGUAGAUUGAAUCGGGGAGUAAAGUGCAGAUAUCGCGGCUUUGAUACCAUCCAUGGUAAAGAUGUGGCGUGGAACGAAAUUGUGGUGACGGGCCUCCCCGAAAAGGAAAAACAGCGUUUUGUGAGCGAGGUGGAGCUACUCCGCUACCUAGACAAUGCUCAUUUCAUCAAGUACUAUUCCUCGUGGUACGACGCAAGUCAGGAUAAAAUUAUUUUAAUCACCCAAAUUGUAACAAGCGGAACAUUAAACAACUACGUGCGCGGCAAGCAGCUCAGCAUGGAGGUAAUCAAGCGCUGGUCUCUUCAGAUCCUCGAGGCGCUGAAUUAUUUACACACACGCGAUCCGCCCAUCAUCCACCGCGAUCUGAAGUGUUCGAACAUCUUCAUCGACGGAAAAACGUCCACCAUCCUCAUCGGCGACCUGGGUCUCUCGACUCGCCGAGUGGACUCCAAGAUGUCCAUCGCGGGCACGCCCGAGUUCAUGGCGCCCGAAAUCUUCGCUAGCGGCGUCUACGACGAGAAAGUAGACAUCUACGCGUUCGGCAUGUGCGUCCUCGAGCUAAUCACGAAGAAGGUUCCCUACAGCGAGUGCAAAACGAUCCUCGAAAUUUUUAUGAAGGUCACCAAAGGGGAAUUGCCACAAUGCCUCGACGACGUCAAGGACGAAGAAGCCAAGGCGUUUAUCAUGAAAUUAAUCGCGAAAGACGCGAAACGCCCUUCCGCGGGGGAGCUGCUGAAAGAUCCGUUCCUGAACACAAUUCGCGAGUGUGACAAGGAAUUCAUCCAGGUCGACCCCACCAACGUUUCCACGUUUCCACUUUUUCACGGUAGAACCUCGACGAAACCGUCGUGGAAAGCGAGGAAACCGCGGUUCUGCCCUCCAUCACGCGGUCCGUCGAUUGGAGCGCCGCCGCCGCGGAAAUCGCCAAUACCGCGGUUACCGCCGACCGUGGAAACGGAGAAGGGGAAACGGGGAAACUCCCUCCGGUGA